AUGGGAAAGGACUAGCUUCAAGAUCACGGAAUCUAUUUGUUAGAAGGGAUCACAGAAGCCAUCUAGCCCAGUCUGUACCUAACAGAGAAUCCCUUCAAUAAGAGAUCAUUCAAUCAUCCCUCGAAAAUCACAGGUAAAAGUAACUCCAUCCCUCCCAAGGCAACUUGAUCUGAAACAUUGGCUCUGCUUUAUCAUGAGAUUCUUGCUCUGUCUUUGAUGACCUUCACCAAGGAGGUAACAGGGCUUUUAACCAGCUAAAGGUAAGGAGAAGCAUCCAAGACCAACUUCCAGAAAGCUCUGCCUUUAGCACAAGACAAGAAAAGCAAAAUGAUUGAGCCCAUGGGGAAUCAGUAUGUCGUGGCCAGACAAGUGUACUCACAAAAUGCUUUUGGUGAAGAACAUAAGAAGAUAAAAAGACACCAUAAAACAAUUUUGGACCAUUUCAGGAUAUGCUGUAGGUGCUCAUCACAAAAGGCCAAGAAAGUAGCCCUUUCCUUGUUCCCCAUAGCCUCUUGGUUACCUGCCUAUCGUCUAAAGGAAUGGCUGUUCAGUGAUAUUGUUUCUGGCAUCAGCACUGGGCUAGUAGCUGUACUGCAAGGUAUGGCUUUUGCUCUGCUGGUAGACGUCCCCCCAGUUUAUGGGCUUUAUGCAGCCUUUUUCCCUGUCAUAGUCUACUUCUUCUUUGGCACUUCUAGACACCUCUCUGUUGGUCCUUUUCCAAUUCUGAGCAUGAUGGUGGGAGCAGUAGUUACAAAAAUAGGCAGCGCCACAGACACAGAGAAAGUAACUGCAGCCGCCUCCAUCACCGUUCUAGUUGGAAUUAUUCAGUUGGGCCUGGGAAUAUUACAGAUUGGAUUUGUAGUUAUCUACUUAUCCGAGUCGCUAAUUAGUGGCUUCACAACAGCUGCAGCAAUUCAUGUUGUGGUGUCCCAGCUGAAAUUCAUCCUCCAGCUCCCAGUCCCUCCACACACUGACCCUUUUUCGCUCUUCAAAGUUCUGCACUCUAUCUUUUCACAAAUUAGGAAUACUAAUAUUGCAGAUCUUGUGACAUCCCUCGUAAUACUGAUAAUUGUGUUCAUAGUUAAAGAAAUAAAUCAGAGAUUCCAAAACAAACUACCAGUACCCAUUCCAAUCGAACUCAUCAUGACAGUCAUUGCAGCAGGUGUGUCCUAUGGUUUUGACUUCCAAAGUAAAUUUCAAGUGGCGAUAGUUGGUAAAAUGGAAAGAGGAUUUAAGAUACCUUCUGCACCCUCUAUGAAGAUUUGGCAAGAUAACAUUGGUGAUGCCUUCAUCAUUGCAAUUAUUGGAUUUGCAGUAGCAUUUUCUGUUGCAAGUGUAUAUUCUAUUAAAUAUGAUUAUCACAUUAGUGGAAAUCAGGAGUUAAUUGCCUUUGGCUUGGGCAACAUAGUUGGUGGAUCAUUCACAGGUUUUGCAGCAAGCACUUCACUCUCCAGAUCAGGUGUGCAGGAGAGCACGGGAGGCAAAACACAGAUUGCCGGGUUUCUUUCAGCUAUUAUUGUUUUGAUUGUCAUCGUGGCAAUCGGAUUUCUUCUGGAGCCACUACAAAAGUCUGUGCUGGCAGCUUUAGCUCUUGGAAAUUUAAAAGGGAUGCUAAUGCAGUUUGCAGAAGUGUACAGAUUAUGGAAAAAGGACAAGUAUGACUGUGCAAUCUGGAUUUUCACUUUCCUGGCUGCUGUUGUCCUGGGUCUUGCUUACGGACUAGCAGCGAGCAUUGCAUUCCAGCUCCUCACUGUUGUGUUCCGGACUCAGUUCCCGAAAUGUAGCAUAUUGGCCAACGUUGGAAGAAGUGACAUCUAUAAGAACAGAAAAGAUUACCCUGAGAUUUAUGAGCCAGAGGGAGUGAAGAUUUUCAAAUGUCCAUCUCCUAUUUAUUUUGCAAAUAUUAGUUUCUUCAAGAGAAAACUUAUUGAUGCUGUUGGUUUUAAACCAGCUAGAAUUUUGCGAAAGCGCAACAAAGCCCUGAAGAAAAUUCGAAAGUUGGAGAAGAAGGGACAAUUACAAAUAACACCAAAAGGAUUUAUCUAUACCGCUGAUGGCUUCAAAGACUCUGAUGACGAGCUAGAUAACAGUCGCAUAGAGGAAUUGGACCAGCCUAUCCAGACUGCAGAUCUGCCCUUUCAGAUAGACUGGAACUCAGAUCUUCCUCUCAACAUUGAAGUUCCCAAAAUCCAUCUUCACAGCCUCAUUCUUGACUUUUCAUCUGUAUCAUUCAUUGAUACUUCUUCAAUGAGAGGCCUUAAAUCGAUUUUGCAAGGAUUUCUCAGGAUCGAUGUGGAUGUGUAUAUUGUUGGGACUGACGAUAAUUUUGUAGAAAAGCUUGAACGGUGUGGAUUUUUUGACCAGGAAGUCCAGAGCUCAAUAUUUUUCCUGACGAUUCAUGAUGCCAUUUUGCACAUUUGGAUGAAAAAGAACUACAUUAUUUCAAAGAACAACCACAAUCAGGAGAAAGAAAUGAAAGUUGAUUUUACUAUAAACACAAAUGGAGGACUUCGCAAUAGGGAUUGCCAGGAACCUGUGGAAACAAAAUUAUAAUCAAAAUAAAAUUCAGGGAGCUCUUUAUCAGAUUGUCCAGUAUAGAAUAACUUUAUAUCCAGAGAAUCAUCAAUAAGUUCAUACAUCAUAUGAAGAAUAUUUUUACUACACGGAAUUGUUUCAAUUUUUGGAACAAGAUUGUUCUAACAUAGUACAUUUUCACACGUCUACUAUAAAAUGAUAUAAAUACUCUUAAUUUUUUAUUUUAUAGAUUUACCUGACAAAAAGAGAAAUAAUUAUGUACAUAUAUAUUUGUAUUUAUAUUGUGCUGAUGGAUUCUAAUCCAAGUCACUGCCUUUGUGUGUAAGGGUUUUUAUAAUGUAUUUACACAACUGCUUUGGACCCUGUAAUUUAUACACCUUUAUAAUAAUGCAUUUACAUAACUGUUUUGAAUUCUGUAAUUUAUAACCCUAAACUUUAAAAUGUAACUUUACUUUUAAAAAUC